CCAGCCGGAACUAGCCGCAUUUGGUGCUAUUUGCUCCCGAGCCCUUCCUCUAGUAAUGCGGUGAUUUCAAGGUGAUUUCAUCUAGCUACUUAUUGUCUCAGGCUACUCUUCUGCUACGCGUAGUACUUUUCGUCAUGGUGAGUAAGAUCAUUGCACUCAUCAGAGGAGGAACCGAGCGAUCACUGUAUCAGUCAAAUCAGUCAUUCCGCACUGAGCGUGACACCUUCGGCGAGCUCCAGGUCCCAGCCGAUCGCUAUUGGGGCGCACAGACACAACGGUCACUACAGAACUUCGAUAUCGGUGGACCCUCACAAAGACAACCACCUCCCCUAAUCAAGGCAUUCGGUGUGCUGAAGAAGGCAGCAUCCAUCGUUAAUGUCAGCUAUGGCCUGGAUCCCAAAAUUGGCGAAGCUAUUCAGAGAGCAGCCGAUGAUGUCAUUUCCGGGAAGCUCAUGGACCACUUCCCCUUAGUUGUCUUCCAGACUGGAAGUGGAACUCAAACUAACAUGAACGUAAACGAGGUGAUUUCAAAUCGAGCGAUAGAACUUCUUGGCGGUGAACUUGGUUCGAAGAAACCAGUUCAUCCCAAUGACCACGUUAACAUGAGUCAGAGUAGCAAUGACACCUUCCCAACAGCUAUGCACGUCGCCGCCGUGACUGAGAUCCACCAUUUACUACUCCCAGCAUUGGCGGAACUCAGGGAGGCACUGAAUGAAAAGGUUCAGUCAUUCAGCCACAUUAUCAAAAUCGGACGGACGCACUUGCAGGACGCUACUCCCCUGACCCUUGGUCAAGAGUUUAGCGGAUAUGUCCAGCAAAUUGACAACGGCAUUGCUCGUGCCAAAGAUGUUCUACCUCGCUUAAGGCUUCUUGCUCAGGGUGGAACUGCUGUUGGCACGGGUCUUAACACGAGGAAGGGUUUCGACGUGAAGGUUGCAGCCGAGAUCUCCAAGAUUACAGGUUUGCAGUUCCAGACUGCACCUAACAAGUUUGAAGCUCUGGCUUGCCACGACGCCCUUGUCGAGGCUCACGGAGCUCUGAAUGUCAUCGCAUGCUCUCUGAUGAAAAUCGCCAAUGACAUUCGGUUCCUUGGCUCAGGUCCUCGCUGUGGCUUCGGUGAACUCAGUCUCCCCGAGAACGAGCCUGGCAGCAGCAUCAUGCCCGGCAAGGUCAAUCCCACACAGUGUGAGGCUGUGACUAUGGUCGCCGCUCAAGUUAUGGGCAACCAGACCACUGUCAGCAUUGCUGGUUCCAAUGGACACUUUGAGCUCAACGUCUUCAAACCCGUCAUAAUAAUGAACGUGCUACAGAGCAUUCGUCUUCUUUCCGAUGCCUCACGCUCGUUUACAAAGAAUUGCGUUGUUGGCAUCCAGGCCAAUGAGAAGCACAUUAACCACCUCCUGAACGAGAGUUUGAUGCUGGCAACAAUUUUAAACAGCCACCUUGGCUAUGAUAACGUGGCCAAAUGCGCAAAGAAAGCCCACAAGGAAGGAACUACGUUGAAGGAGGCGACGGUUGGGCUCGGAUUCCUGACACCCGAGGAGUUUGACGAGAAAGUGCGCCCGGAACUGAUGUUGUGCCCUGAUGAAGAAUAG